AACGCUAUAACGCUGAUACGGCACCUGGUUACUGGUGGGACAACACCGGUGCUGGAAAGGUGGGCAAGCUACGGCGAUGAAUUCUGUGAUAUUAUGGACCUCCAAGACGAUGCAUUCAAGAGACUAGAGCGUGAAUUAGCGAAAAGGUUCAGCCAGACGAUUAGUCAGAAUAAAUACAAACGUCCACAGAUCAGCCAAAUGAGUUUCCAGGAUCCACAGCUAGCCAGUAUCCGAUCUCAGAAUAGGGGCUCCCAAAUGACCUUCGGAAAACUCUUCUGUGAGGCGCUUACGCGUUAUGGCAUCCUCUGUCUUGGUCUAUUUAGACUCAGCACCUCGGCCUGCGCCAUACUCACUGCCCGGGUUGGUGCUGGGCGGCCAGAAUGCCAGGGGGACACCCACGACCCGCUAGGCCAAAACCCAUCAUCAAAUUCCUGUUCAUUGGAGGGCAAACCGCAGGUUCAGCGUUCUUCGAAGGCGAGUAGUGUUAAGGAACAGGCCCAACUACCCUCUUUUGUAGCUAGCCUCCAGGUCCCGUCGGCGGCGUUACCACAAGCUGCUGACGCUACUGAUUCCUCCGUUAGACACAAAGUAGCAACUCAGCCCAACUUCCUAGCUGCGAACAGUCGCUAUGUAAUUACAUAUCCACCCAUUGACUUCCCUGUUUACAAAACAGACCUGGUGUUCUGUCUUACGCCGCACGUAGGAGAAAUAGGUUAA